AUGGCACCCGUAGCACAAAACUCAGAAAUUCCUCCAGAUUUGACUGAACCUGAAAGAUUUGCUGAAUUAAAGAGUAAAUUGAUUAAACCUGAAAAUGUCGAAAGAGUCAAAGCUUCAUGGAAAAGAUUGCUUGUAGCCUUGAAUGACAUGGCUGAAGAUAUCAAAAGACAGGGAGAUUCAAUCAUUCCAUCAGUAGAUUGGUCGGUUGUUAAAGCAGCUAAUGGAGAAUAUCCUCCAGAGAUAGCAAAAGUUUUCAAAGAAAGAGGUAUUUUAAUUGUCAGAAAUGUUGUUGACAGAGACGUUUGUCUCAAAUGGAAAGACUCAAUGGCUAAUUUUGUUGGGAAACAUCCUGAAAUUGGAGGAUAUCCCACUCCUAUCACUAAUUGGUUUGCUUUCUGGACUGAAGGUGAAGUUAAUGCCCGUUCCCAUCCCGAAGUUGUUGCAUUAAUGAAAUCCAUGGGUCAAUUUUUCACCAUUGAUGAUGAUAGCUUGCCUAUUGACAAAGAAAGUCAUGUAGUUUACCCUGAUGCUUUCAGAAUCAGACCUCCAGGAUUCGGAGUUUCCUUAGAUUUGCAUUUGGAUGCAGGAGCGAUCGAAAGAUGGGAAGACGAAGUAUAUAGAGAAGUUUAUGCGCCAAUUUUAGAAGGCAGAUGGGAAGAUUUCGAUCCAUGGAGAUUGGAUGAAAGAGCUUUUGCUAAAACUGAUUUAUAUUCCCAUCUUUCAACCAGACCCACAGCUACCUCAGCUUUCAGAGCGUUACAAGGAUGGUUAGCAUUGAGUGAUGUUAAAGCUGGUGAAGGCACCAUCAGGGUUUUACCCAACAUUAAACUAGUAAAUGCCUAUUCAAUCUUAAGACCAUUCUUUUGGGCUGAUACUGAAGAAAUUGAUUUGACUUCAGCUAAGUUCCCUGGAGUUACUUUUGUUGGGACUGGACAAUUUUUCCUCAAUAAGUACAUGCACCAUUUACGUCAAGCAGAAACUGUUUUAUCCAUUCCAUAUGCUAAUGUAGGUGAUUAUGUAUUCUGGCAUGCAGAUGUGGCUCAUGAAGUUGAUAAACAACAUAACGGAAGUGAAGAUUCAUCAGUAUUUUUCAAUGCUUAUUGUCCGUUAUCACCUUACAAUGUUGAAAACUUAUUAGCUACUCAUCAAGCAUUCCUAGAUGGGAAAGCUCCUCGUGAUUUCAUAAAAGACAAAGCUUUGGGUAAGCACUGUGAAGGAGAUUUCGAAGAUAAUGGUGCUAAGAAAGAGAAUAUCUUAACUGAUGAUGGAUUGAAAGCCAUGGGGUUCAUGGAAUUCGAUGAAAAUCAACCGGGUAUCACCAAAGGUCAAAGAAUAGUAAGAAAAAUGGCCAAUGAAGCUAUAAAAUCAGGUAAAUUACGAUGA